AUGGAUCCCGGGCAGUUCGACAAGAUGUUUUCUCAAGCCGACUCUAUCAUGGGGUUGUUCGCAGACAUACUGCUCCAGCAUGCCAGCUUUCCCUCGGACAAAACCCAACUCGUUGUCCUUGACCAGGCGUGCGGAAGCGGUGUUGUCUCCUCCCACAUCAUGUCGAAGCUCUCCCCAGAAGCGCAGUCCAGUCUUGACCUCACAUGCGCCGACAUUUCCGAUGCAAUGGUAUCAAACGUAACCAGGCGCAUCAAUGCCUCGGGCUGGCCCAACGUGUCCGCGGUAAAAGCUGAUGCUAUGGACACUAAAUUUCACACUGCUAAAUUUACGCAUAUCUUCUUCAACUUCGGCCCGCAAAUCCUAUCCAAUCCCCUCGCCGGCAUUAGGGAGUGUCAUCGCAUUCUCCAGCCGGGUGGGACACUGUGCUUGAGUACGUGGCAAGAAGUCCCAUGGUUCAGAGAUUACCGUGCAGGAAUUGCAAGGGAUCCCUCAUUGCCGCCGUUCCCUUCGGAUGAGCAACUUCGACAUACAUUCACCGAGACACCAGAACGGUGGGAUAACGUCGAAGACGUCAGGGCACAUCUCGAAGAAUGUGGAUUUCAUGAUGUCAAACUUCAAGUCGUGGAGAACACCACGAAGAUGGAGGUUGCAGAAGUCGAGGCCAUGUUGCCAUUCUCGCUGGACAUGAUGAUCGAGAAGUUCUGGAAGAAGGAGGGAUUGGAACAGGUCAAGGGGCCAGCACGGCGAGCGGUCCUGGAUUACGUCAAAGAGAAGUAUUCGUCCGGCCCGGUUGUGUGGAAGUGGAUCGGUAUCGUUGCCAGCGGGCGGAAAGACUGA